GAAAACAAAAAACGAUCCAAAAACAAAAAGCCAUAAUUUCAUCCAGUGUGUUCGACUUCGACACUCUCCAUUCUUACAGUAAUCGCAAAUGGCCACUCUUCCAACCAUCUCCAAGGCCAUCGCGGUGCUAUUCCUGGCCUCAUGGACCGCAACCGCUCUCUCCUUUGCGGCCCUGGACGCGCUCAACUCCGAUCGGGGCAUGCUUAGCCUGAUCGUCCCCACAAGCCUUCUCACAUUCCUCAUCUGUCGUCUAUUUAUCGCAUCGCAGCCAUCUGCCAAUUCUGGGACUGCAAACACCACAGUCGCGCAAACCAUCACCACUGCGCAUCGCCACUCGCCGCGCAACGCGCUCAUCCUGCUCCUGUUUACCCUCUCCUGGCUCUAUGAGCUACUCUUCAAAUGCGUCGGCAUGUUCAUCGUAACGCUCGUUGGCGGCUUUCUUUUCACGGCAAUCCACAACGAUGCCUUCGUGGAGAAGAAUGAUACCGCAAGCGAGACGCAGGAUGUCAGCGAACUCGAGUCUUCGACGUUGGCGGGGUUGAACGACUUCCAGGAGAAGACCGGGGUCGAUCCCACGCAGAUCGUCAAGGCGAUCCCCCCGCGCGCGCUGCUCUACCUUGUUCUUCUGGUGUGGGUCAAUCUGGCGACCUUGGGGCUCUAUAUCUUGCGGCUGGCUUGGAAAUCGUUGAUGACGGUGCUGGGGGGUCCGAUUAUGGCUCCUGCGGUGGCUGAUGAGAAAAAGUAGAAUAGGGGGUUCGGGGUUGUUAUCAAUGCGAUACGUCAAUUAGAUGGCUUUUGGUAUUGAUAUUUCAAAUGGUACUAAUCUUAAUCUUACGAAUGUUCCACCCAGGCGGGGACCAGGUAGAAGCGAUACUAGC